AUGGCAACGGGGGCUAGCGGAGGGCAGCCGAGCGUUCUGAGCACAUUACCCAAGGAUUUGCCGCUAGAUUUUCUAAAGACUAUCACCGAUCAGUUCUCACAGAGCGUAUACUCGGUACAGGCGCAUUUGGAACUGUUUAUAUGUGGAUACAUAGCUCCAGAAUAUCUAUACAAAGGUGAGACUCCACCAAGUCAGACAUAUAUAGUUUGGGCCUAUUAA